UGCUGCCGCAGCGGCGCGAGGGAUGCCAUCGAGUGUAUAUACACACAGCGUACACAAGUACACCUCCCCUCGAAAAUAAGAGAACCACCGUAGACGGGGAGGAGGACACGGUCCUCUUAAAAGGGCCACCGGGACCCUCGGACCGUCGAGAAACCGUUAGACGUCCGCCGCGACCAGAGUGCCAGACUCGGACCCUCGACCUUUGCUCUUGCGAGCGUCAGCGACGCACGGGCCGACGACCGAGUCCACGAGGAAGAAGAGCCGCCCGGCGCAAGUGGGUUAGUGGGGCGCACCGGCCCGCCGACGACGACGCCAACGAACGGCGUCGGCAGACACGCUGUGCACUGUCGUCCGGCAAGCAGCACCGGUGCUCGGCUCCUGUAGCGGCCACCAUGCGGAACGCCGUCGCCACGUUCGCGCUACUCCUCGUCCUCGGUGCCACCGCCUGGGCGGAGGAUGAGAAGGACAAGGAAGGACUGGGCUACGUGAUGGCCUUCCCCAUGGAAGAGCCCAAGCCAUCCGGUGGCCGCGUCGAGACGGUGGUCGUGGAGUCUUCCAAGGCCGAGGACCUGCGCCAAGUACUGGGCGCCUACAAGGCGGCCACCAGGCUUAGGCAGCGUCAGCAGCAGCAGCCUCCACAACCCCUGCCGCCUCCGAUGCAGCGCAUGCCACCACCCGACCAGAAGCCACCACUUCUGCUUCUCGUAGUGCACGCACCCCGGCCCUCGGGUCCAGGGCCGUUCAGAGCGGGUCCUCCAAUGCCCGGACCACCACCCGGCUUCCUCCAGGGCCCACCCCCGGCUCCUCACCCCGGCAUGAACCCGUACGCCAUGCUUCCAGCGCCGCCCGUCGGCCCCGCUCAGGUCCAGAUGCCCGCUCCGCCAACGGCGCACCCACCGAGAUCCCACGCUCCUCCCGUCGUCACCCAGCGCGCUAACAAUGGACCCCGAGACAACGGCCCAGGCAUGCACUUUGCCAUCGUCCAGGAGCCGUACAUCGUCAACACUGUGAUGCACGCGCCGUCCAUGAUGCGGCCCGCGUUUAUUCCCGGUCCCGCUCUGUUCUCCGGACCUCCAUCUCCUCCACCAUCUCUACCUCACCCGAUGAUCCACGGCGGACACCCCAUGAUGCACCCACACCACAUGAUGCACCACGACUCGCCCAUAAUGAUGCGCGGCCCACCGAUGUCGCAUGGACCCCAGAUGAUGCACAGUCCUUCCAUGAUGGUGCCCGUCCCCGCGUUUUUGCCCGCUCCACCGAUGAUUCCUCCGUUCAUGAUGCAUGGUCCUCCGAUGAUGCCUGGCGGUCCGAUGAUGCACGGACCUCCCAUGAUGCCAUCUCCAGCCGCCAUGAUGUACGGUCACAUGGGCAGGCCGCGGGUCGGACAAGUGGUCGUGAUGCCCGUCGCGGUGCUGCUCGCCGAGCGACCCGAACCACAGCGUGAGGCUCCGCGCGAGAAGCCAACUCCACCGCCGCCUUCCCAGCCUUCGACUCCACAACCAGCAACUCGGAGAAUGACGACUAUGGAGCGCCUCGGCGUUAACUACGCGCCCGAGGAGGAAGACGACGAUGAACUUAGCCCGAUGGCGACCAUCCGGGCAGCCAACACUGUUCUGCGCAUGCUCAUGAGCAGCUAGCCGCACCACCUGUGAUAUAUUCCACCCAUCCCACCCCCAGCCUUUCGCACCUAAUGUACAGCCAGAGCAAUAAAUCAUUUCUAUUUUUUUACUAAAUUUCACC